AUGCCGCGAAGAACUUGCAGGGGUCCACAGGUGGUUCUUUCGGACGUGAUCCUCCAAACUGAUGAGUGUUUCGCCACAGUCCGAAGCCCCAAACGGCGGGACCGGAGAUGGACCCAGCUGUGGCGGACGACUGCAGCGGUGGCGGUCGGCCGGUGGAAGCAGCGGCCGGGCCGGUGGCGGGAAUCGAGUCGGGUCGGAAUGCGGCGGAGCAGCGUACAUGGCGAGUGGUCAAGGUGUACCCUCAGUCUUUGUUCGCAUAUUGGCCUCAGUGAAAGACAAACCGAGGAGCAUGGCCUCUCGGAGCCAAAGGACUGUUCCACCGAGGGCAAUUCUCUCCAACCCCCCAAAGGUUGGUAUAUCUAUGAUGAAGGUAAUUGA